UUCUCUCGGUUCUUCACUUUGAUGUGCACAGUUAAACCCACAGCUCAGUGUUUGUUGGAAUAGCCCGGAGGACAUUUGGUGCAUGGAAUGACUGAUGGAAACAGGACCUGAGUUGAAAGAAGGGGGGGUGGGGGGUCAGGAGAAGGAGGCGAGGGCUCCGAUCUUUUGUAUUUUUUUACAAGGGGGGGGGGCGGUUGUUGGUAGAAGGAGAGGAUCACGCUGAACUCUGUUGCUUUUACUCAUACAUUCCGUACACCCCCCCCUCCCCAGUUUCGUCCAAUGCUCUCAGAUGCUAUUGCAAAGCCAGAGAGGAGGAGGAGGAAGAAGAAAAUAUAGGGGUGGGGGGGCAAUCGGUGCAACAUUGCGGAUACUUUUGGUGGAAAAGGGCCGGGGGGCUGUUUUAAGGAGGAACGGACCGGCGGCGGUGCAGAGAAAACUACUGAGGAUCAAUGAGAGGAGGCUCAGAGGAUCUCCUGCUGACUUGAGAGAGAGGCGCACACACACACACAGGCACUCACACACACACACACAGAUUACUGAGGACCUUAAGGGAGGCAGAAAAACCCUACCAGAAGAAUUUGUGGAGCCAUGAGCAGUGCUGUGUUGCUGACUCACCUUCCGGACCCCAGUAGCAGCUUUCGGGAAGACGCCCCCCGCCCCCCUGUGCCAGGGGAAGAAGGACACACACCAUGCCAACAGCCUGCAUGCUCGUUUGCCAUGAAAAGCCAAAGCAUCAAGGCCAUGUCAAUUUCUUCCAACCCCAGGAGGAAUGAGGAUGGUCUCGGAGAGCCAGAAGGCAGUGCAUCCCCAGACUCCCCUCUGGCAAGAUGGACCAAAUCCUUGCAUUCCUUAUUGGGGGACCAAGAUGGUGCCCAUCUUUUCCGGACCUUCCUGGAAAGAGAGAAAUGUGUGGAUACCUUAGACUUCUGGUUUGCCUGCAAUGGCUUCAGGCAGAUGGACCUUAAGGAUACCAAAACUUUAAGAGUCGCCAAAGCUAUAUACAAAAGGUACAUAGAGAACAACAGCAUUGUUUCCAAGCAGCUGAAGCCUGCCACUAAGACCUAUAUAAGAGAUAGUAUCAAGAAGCAGCAGAUCGAUUCUAUCAUGUUUGAUCAAGCACAGACUGAAAUUCAGACGGUGAUGGAGGAAAAUGCUUACCAGAUGUUCUUAACUUCUGAUAUAUACCUCGAAUAUGUAAGGAGUGGGGGAGAGAAUCCUGCUUAUAUGAACAGCAAUGGACUGGGGAGCUUAAAAGUGGUCUGUGGCUAUCUCCCAACCUUGAAUGAAGAAGAAGAAUGGAGCUGUGUGGACUUGAAAAACAAAAUCUUGCCUUCUGUUGUUGGACUAUCCAGCAAGACUUUAAGGGUUACAGCAAAUGUCAGAGCUACGGAAACAGCUGAGAAUGGAUACAGAUGUAAAAAUAACUCGACCCCUAUUUUGCUUGUCCUUAGGUCAUUCAAGAGGAGUGAUCCUAUUAAUCCAUACCAUGUGAAUUCUGGCUAUGUUUUUGCCCCAGCAACUAGCGCAAAUGAUAGCGAAAUAUCUAGCGAUGCGCUGACCGAUGAUUCCAUGUCAAUGACGGACAGCAGCGUAGAUGGAAUCCCUCCUUACAGACUGGGGAGCAAGAAGCACCUCCAGAGGGAAAUGCAUCGGAGCGUUAAGGCCAAUGGUCAAGUUUCUCUACCUCAUUUUCCGAGAACCCACCGUCUUCCGAAGGAAAUGACCCCCGUGGAACCAGCUACCUUCGCUGCUGAACUGAUAUCCCGGUUAGAAAAGCUGAAGCAAGAGCAAGAAACGAUGGACAGUUUGGAGGAGAGGCUACAGCAAAUCAAAGAGGAAGAAGAGAAGGAGGGCUCAGAGCUGCCUGCCAGCGCGCAGACCAAUCGGGAGGCAGGAACCAUGCUGCAUCCGCAGCAUCCACUCACUCUCUUACCAUCCGGCAGCUACGAGGAAGACCCGCAGGCCAUCCUGGAUGACCACCUCUCGCGAGUGCUGAAAACUCCCGGCUGCCAGUCGCCCGGUAUGGGGCGGAACAGCCCCCGCACCCACUCCCCAGACCGCCUCCCGGGGGGCAAGCCACUGCCAAGCGCGGCCUUGCCCGCAGCCUGCACGCUCAUCAGCAAAGGAUUUAUCACCAAGCAGACCACCAAGCACGUCCACCACCACUACAUCCACCACCACACCAUCCCCAAGACGAAAGAGCAGAUCGAAGCUGAGGCGGCGCAGCGGGUCCAGUGUUUCUGUCCUGGCGGUAGCGAUUACAGCUGCUAUUCCAAAUGCAAGAGCCACUCCAAAGGGACAGAGCCGCCGCUAGCUCCGCUGGAGCCGUUUGGCAGAACUGGCACGCUGACUAAAAGGAAUGGCAAGGUAACGGAUGGCGUCGCCCAGCCGGCCGGGGAAGCUGGUCUCCCCGUAAUGCCUGGCCUCCAGCUACCUGGGGGCGAGACGGAUCGGUCACAGAACGUCUGGCAGUGGAUGCUGGAGAGCGAGAGACAAAAUAAGCACAAGCCUCAUAGCACACAAAGCACAAAGAAGGCCUACAAUUUGGAGUCCACCAAAGGGAUUCCCAGUGAGCGCCCAACCCGCCACCACCUGUGGGGAAACAACACUCACCCCCGUGGGGUGCAACCUGCCCACCCGUUCGUCCAGGAUCCCACCAUGCCUCCGCUGACCCCGCCCAAUACCCUCGCCCAGCUGGAGGAAGCCUGCCGCAGGCUCACAGAAGUGUCCAAGCCUCAGAAACAAAGGACUUGUUUUGUUUGUCCCCCCAACUUCAGAUGUUCAACCUCAAACCAGCAGAGGGAUCGAAACCACUCGUCUGCUGUUCCAGGGGGAAAUGCCCCUUUCUGUAAUGCAAGCCUAACUACAGAAGAUCACAAAGAGCCAAAGAAACUCCCAGUCGCUCACGCCUCCCUGUCUACCGAGUUGGUUGUCACUUAUUUUUUCUGUGGAGAAGAAAUACCCUACAGGAGGAUGUUAAAGGCCCAGAGCCUGACACUUGGGCACUUUAAAGAGCAGCUGAGCAAAAAGGGAAAUUAUAGGUAUUAUUUCAAAAAAGCGAGCGAUGAAUUUGACUGUGGUGCGGUUUUUGAAGAAAUUUGGGAAGACGAGACAAUUCUGCCCAUGUAUGAAGGAAGGAUUCUUGGGAAAGUAGAGAGGAUUGACUGACUGAUGGAAUGGCAUCUAUGUCUUUGACACAACCUAAGCUAAAGAUGUGUUUAGACACAUAGCCACAGCAGCAAUGACAACAAAAAACUUUGAAGGAACCUUUUGAACCGAUGAAGAAGAAGAAGUGAAGCCUAUGAAGACUUUGCCAAAUUAGCCUUAGAGAAAAAAAUGGCAUUUAUUAUACAUGAGUUGGGUACUGAGAUGAUAAAAAACCAACCAAUCUACCAACCCUGAACUAUUUAUUAAAAACAUGACCACUGUUGGCUAUUGAAGAUGCAGACCAUGUUUGAGAGACUUCCAUACAUAAUAUAUGAUUUCCUGGGGAUCUGAAAUCUAUGGACUAAGAGAAACUGUGUAUAGCUUACCUUACCAGUAAUCCUUAUUGAUAUUUAUUGAACAGUCUGUUUUCCCUUAAAUCCAGUUUAUGGAUAUGCUGCUUUAACAAUGGUAAAAAGAGAGGUUGUGGGGGGAGGGAGGAAAGAGGAGAAGGGGUUAUUUUUUUAUGUCCCACUAUCUACAGUUUUGGAGUUCAGCGAUAGGAAUGCAUUCAUAAUUUCUACCACUUUAAAGGGAUUGAGGUGGAGGUGGGUGAAUUAUGCUUCACCCAGUAUUUCUCCAAGGGAAGUUAAAUGCUUUUCUGAAGAAAUAAUACAUUGCCCUGCCAUUCACUCAUUUAGAGACCAGUGUAUUUUAAUGUAUGCUGCUCUAAUUUGGAAUCAAGGUCAUUACGUGUUAAAUAUUGUAGAUGCAAUACACUGUAGUAACAGCAAUUGGUUUGUUCCCCUUCCCCGGGUGGUGGUGAGGGUUUUUUCUUUUUGUUGAACUCAUUGUGUGGGACUCCAUGUUAUGUCCAGUGCCUAUUUUUCGCAAGGCGGAUGGUAGAAAUGCCAACCUAGGAGGAGAAGCCAGUCAGUUCACAUUUACAUAUUAACACACCAAAAGGACACAUUGCAAAAGUCAGGUUAAAACCCAGAUGUGUAUUCCAUAAAGCUAACCUUUUUUUAAAAUCCUACUUCAAUUUUAGCACAUCUUCUAUAUAAACUAUGUUCAGUGAUGACAGGGUGGAUUUUCCAGUGUGUGUGUGUGUGUGUGUGUGUGUUUACAAAUUUUAAAUGACAUCCAUUCGAGCCAAUGGGAGUUGUGGGCGAAGCUCCUUGUAACCCUUUGAAAAGCUUCCUUGUGUGGGUGCACGUGUGUGAGUGUGUAUCUGUAGGGACAACACAAUCCUUUCCCAAGAAAAAUCUGGCAUUUCUACGUUUUGGGUUUUGUUUUGAUUAACUUAAUCUGAGCAUUCUGUUUGCCAUUGCUACUUUGUAUAAUACGUCUGUAUAUAUUGUAGAAAAUGUAUGGUCGAAAAAAUAAUACACUAUCUCAAGUGUUUUAAAAUUGAUUCAGUACAGUACCUGUGCCUGCAUGGUGUUACUUUGCCAUGUGUCACCCUAUAUUCAGGGUUCAUGUUUUUCCCUUGUUUGUUUAAGGGGUUUAUGUAUAAAUAUAUUUUAUGCCUUUUAUUACAAGUCUUGUACUCAUGACUUUUGCCAUGGCAUUUUGUUUUACUUAUACUGUAAAUUAUGCAUUAUAAAGAGUUUCAUUUAAAGAAAAUUACUUGGUACAAUAAUUAUUGUAAUUAAAGAGAUGUAGCCUUUAUUAAAAUUU